AUGGCGCGAGAUCGCUCCUCUGCACAACAGGGCAUUGCCACCCUGCUCACCAAAAUCAACGACCCAGACCCAGACAUUCGUUUCAUGCAACUGAGUGAUCUCUCAAACAUUCUCCAAUCUCCUUCCUCCGAGUAUGUACGAAAUGACACUCAUACCGCCGCCAGAAUUAUCGAGGGUCUACUCAAAGCUUUAGCGGAUCAGCACGGCGAAGUUCAAAAUCAGGCAUUAAAAUGUAUUGGACCGCUCGCGGCACGUACGCCGGGCGAAAUCAUUGCACCGUUGAUCGACAAACUUACAGACCUGACCAACAGUGAUAUCGAUAUCUCAAUUCCGAAUGCAGCACUACGAACCCUCAUUGCCUCGAUGCCUCAGCCCCAUCCAAAUGGCAGCUCUGGCCCAGAAGUCAAAGAUGCAUAUAGCGCCGUCAGUAAAGUUUUAAUACCAAGAUUAGUCGGACACGUCGUCUUGCCAUCAAGCAAACCCGCUCCCCGACUGCCCACGGGCCUGCUGGAGAAGCAAAAGGACAAAGGCUUCAGCAGCGACGCCGUCGAUGUUAUGAUUGAGAUUGUCAAAUGGUACGGCCCUUUGUUGCAAGAGUUGGAACUAGUGGCCCUCGCAAAAACGGUCAUGAAUAUUAUCGAGAGCCCCCAAGCUGGAGGCGUAGUCAAGAAGAGAGCCCUCGCGGGUAUUGGUGCAUUACUGGUCCAUUUCAAUGAUGCUCAAGUCAGCUCUUUUGUUGCUGCCUUGACCGAAAGUUUUCAGAGUGGCCAACUCAGUACCGAACAUCGAAAAUUUCUUAUCGCAACAAUCGGAACUCUUGCCCGCUCAAGCCCCGGAAAAUUUGGGCCUCACCUCAGCGACGUUGUCCCCUACGUACUCCAAGUUUUGAGCCAAGACGAUCUUACAUCCAUCGCUUCUGUCUCCGACGAAGAUGCUGAAGUGGAUCCAGAGAUUGAAGAGUUGCGCGAGACGGCCCUCAUCUCGCUCGAGGCGCUGAUCGGAUCAUGCCCUAUUGAAAUGAAAUCUCAUCUUCCUGAAGCUAUUGAUGCUUCCCUGAGAUACGCUAAGUACGAUCCUAAUGUGGCAGCUCUGGAAGGUGACGAGAUGGGAGGAACCCCCGAGAGCAGUUCGGAUGACGGCAUUACAGAGGAGCCUCCGGACGAGGACGACGAUGAUGAGUAUGCCGAGCUGGACGAUGAAGACGCAUUCAGCGAUGUGGAUGACAUAAGCUGGAAAGUGAGACGGUGUGCCGCCAAAGCCCUCUAUACCAUUGUCUCUGGCGUUCCGGCCGCGGAUCGGGCAAUUUUAUUCGGAAGAAUUGCACCCGUAUUGAUCUCACGGCUUUUCAACGAGCGAGAAGACAGUGUGAGACUCGAGGUCAUCGCUGCAACGACUGCUUUAAUUCGAAAAACCGGAUCUGGGUUGACCCAAACCCUGACGAGAGUCGAUUCAUCAGAAAACCCAGCUAUGCCAACCAACACUCGAAAGAGGAGGCGACAGGAUAGUGAAGCAGAUCGGAAAGAUCCAGAUCUCAGAGGCUUGAUCUCCAUCCGAUCUAGUCCUCCAAUUGUUCCAGCAUCUCCACCAACUGGCUCUCAGGCCGAACUGGUCAACCUCGUGCCCAAGAUUGUCCAAGCUCUUUCGAAACUGUGGAAGAAAGCUAGCAUGUCACUGAAACAGGCCUCGGUUAUCAUGCUCAAGACACUGACGAUGGCUCGAAAUGGUAUCUUGUCCGAUCACCUGCAGCAAUUGGAAGACCCUAUUGCCGAUGCGUUGAAACCAUCAACAUCCUCUGGAUCAGGAAGUACGGCGUCAGGGACCUCAGCAACAGUGGCCAGUUUGCAGAUUGAAACAUUGACGUUGAUUGGCGCAAUCGCAGAGACCAAUGGUACCACAGUACUGAUCCCAUUCGUCAUUGCCUUGAUACCGCCAGUGACUACCAUUGCUCGCGAUAGAAACUAUAAAGUCUCUAGCGAAGCUCUUGCAACUAUCGAGCAAUUUGUCAAGGCUCUCACCCCCCCUAGACUACCUACAGCAAAUCAAGAUCACGCUAUGCAUAUCGAGAAACUCUGGGACGUCAUUGUGGAUCGAGUGACCGACAAUAAUACCGAUCUUGAAGUCCGACAUCGCGCUAUUCAAGUGUUUGGUGUUCUCAUCGCAAGAACCUCGUCUACACAACUGCUGUCUGCCACUGAUAGAAUCAAAAGUCUCGGGAUUCUCAAUGAUAGGCUGAGGAACGAAACUACUCGACUGGCGAGUGCAAGAGCCAUAGGCCUCAUUGCUGAAGCCGCGAGCGCUCAAGAUAAUAUCGGUUCAACUUGGAUUCAGGAGAUCUCACUUGAAAUGGCCAACCAAUUACGAAAAGCCGAUCGUGCACUUCGAGGAUCAUGUUUGGAAUCAUUGCAGUACCUCGCACUCAACCCGGUCACUUCUUCUCAGUAUGAGACGACGACAAUACUCCAACUCCAAAACUUGCUUAUGCCCCUGAUAUCUGCGAACGAUCUACACCUGUUGACGCCAGCCCUGGUCAUCAUGUCCAAGAUCAUCCCGAUGAAUGCGGAGGCUCUGGUGAAUCCGGAUGUUGUUAAUGCCCUAUGUGGCAUCACACAAGCUCGGCUGGAAGGACCACCUCUACGGGCAUAUCUGCUGGUCGUUAAAGUCAUUGGCGAACGAGGAGUGGGCGCUCUGCUCAUGAAAGGCCUUCUGACCAUUGGGACCAGCGGUGAGACCAUGGUUCUUGGGAGGGCUAUAGGCACCCUGCUGGUAUAUGGUGGUGACAAUCUUGGAGUCACUAUUCCCGACUUUUUGAAAGAACUCGCGACCUCUCAGGACAUCCGAGCCAUCUGCCUCGCCCUGACGGUCCUGGGUGAAGUCGGGUUCAGAAUGGGACCCCACUCUCCCGUAAAACUCCAAACUUUCAUCAAUUGUCUGUCUGCAGAAUCGGACAAAGUUCGACUUUCUGCUGCCGUGGCACUCGGCAGCGCUAGUUCGAACAACGUGUCGGAGUGCUUGCCAGUAAUUCUACAGAGCCUGACGCAAUCGUCGGCUCAAGAUUAUCUCUACUUGCAUUCUCUGAAGGAGAUCUUGGAGCAUUGCGAAAGUUCGUUUGGUGAAAUGGCACCAUUUACUUCUGAACUUUGGCAGAAACUAUUCGCGGUAUCCCAGAGCGAAGACAACAGUGCUGUUGGCGUCGAAUGCAUCGGAAGACUUGCAACUAUCGAUCCAAACACCUAUGUCCCAGAAUUGUCAAAGUCUUUGGAAGAUCCCGACCCUAUUGUUCGUGGUACCGUGAUUUCAGCAUUCCGAUUCACACUGGGCGAAACCAGCAAUUCCUACAACAAUCUCCUAGCCAAAAUGAUGACACCAAUGCUUCAGACAAUGUUGAACGACAGCGAUCUUUCCAACCGCCGCCUCGCCGUCACUACCUUGAACGCAGCUAUCCGUAACAAACCUGAACUGGUCAUCCCAGACAUCGGACAACUCCUACCCACUGUUCUUGAAGACUCGCGCAUCAAACCUGACUUGAUCAAAGUGAUCAAGAUCGGUCCGUUCACACACAAUGAGGACGCCGGCCUCGACCUCCGCAAGGCUGCAUACGCGACCAUGUAUGAAUUACUCGACUGCCCUGGCGCUAUUCCCCAACUUCCGAUCCCGAAGAUCUUCGAUCGCAUCCUCGACGGCAUCCCCGAUGACCACGACAUUCGUACACUGUGCAACCUCAUGCUAGUCCGGUUGUCGGUGAUCGACCCUGACGAAACCCGCCGUCGCCUGUCGAGUCUUGCCGAAAAGUUCCGUGUUGUUCUCGGUGCGAAGAUCAAAGAGAACGCGGUGAAACAGGAAAUCGAAAAGGUCAACGAUGCCAAUUCCGCUGUGGUUCGUACGACGAUGGAGAUGGAUCGCAAGUUUCCUUCCGCAAGCACCGACGGAAGUGGCGAAAUGGUAGCUUGGAAGGGGUAUGUCGAGUACGUCAAGAAGGAGUUUGCGGGAAUGGUGCGCAAUGUUCUUUCAGAAAGUGCUUAG